AUGAUGUCCCUCAAAGCAUUGGCCCUUCUCGGCCUAUCUGUUGUUGAUCAAAGCACCGCUCAAUCCAUUCGCACCGAUCCUGGCGUUGCUGGUCCAUCGCUCGAGGUCGUCCAUCUCUUUACUGGACAAUGGCCAACCGGUAUCGCAGUCUCUGCCUCUGGCCGCAAGUUCUCCUGCUUUCCCGCCGGCCUGGACAUCAACAACGCCUACAAUGGCCUCAUCCCCAAAUUCCAGGUCGCCGAGCUCACCUCCAUGAAUACCGAGGCCGCUUAUCCAAACUCCUCCUACAACCAAUCUCCCGGUGGAGCCGUCAACCGUCUCUCCCUCCCACCUGCAACAAAAGGUGACGCCAACCACCUCCUCGGCGUACAAUCCGUCAUCAUCGACAGCAAAGACACCCUCUGGAUCCUCGACACCGGCCGCGUACAAGAUCUCUCCAACCCAGUCAACCCCAUCCUCCCCGCCACCAUUCCCGGCGGUCCCAAACUCGUGAACAUCGACUUGACAACCGAUACCAUCAUCCAAACCAUCGUUCUCCAGUCCGACUCCGUCAAGCCUCUCUCCUACCUCAACGACCUCCGCAUCGACCGCAACCCGAACCUUUCCGGCUCUUCGGGCAAGGGCGUCGCCUACCUCACCGACUCCAGUCCCGAAGGUGAAAACGCCCUCGUCUUCGUCGACCUCGGAACUGGCAAAGGCCAGCGUUACCCCUUGAAGGAAACCUUCCCUAUCCCGAAGACUCUCCCCUGGGUGUGGGGUGAUCCAAUGUACCAAACCGCCGGCGCCGUCGCCGCGCUGGACCCGAGUUACAUCACCUUCGGCUCGGACGGUAUCGCCAUCUCUCCGGAUUACAACACGCUGUAUUUCUCCGUCAUCGGAGGACGAUUCUUGUACUCCCUUCCUACCAGUGCGCUGAGAGGCAACAACAGCGUUGACAACGCACAGAGUCUGGUGAAGAACUUGGGCGAGAAGGGUAUCUCUGAUGGUCUGGAGAGCGACAGCAACGGUAUCGUGUACAAUGGCAAUGUCGAGCAGAAUGGAAUCUCCAUGUAUAACCCACUUACCGGAUUUGCGACGACAUUUGUGCGGGAUCCGAGGAUUAAUUGGGUCGACACGAUGUCCAUCGCAAAAGACGGAUAUCUGUACUUCACGGUCAACCAGCUGAACUACCUCAACGCCAUUUAUCCCGGCCAAGGUCUGCCAUUGGUCGAUCGCAGGAAGCCGCCGUAUGUGGUUUUCAGGGCGAAGUUGCCGAAUGGAGGGAACAAGAUUCGGUAG